AUCACUGCUGUUGAUUGGAAGUUACACUGACUGGAUAGAGGAGAGUCCAGGCUAGGGGUGAGUCUCCACAUCAAGGAAUAUAUAAUCUCCGUUGGAGGCUGUUUUGGAAAGAUGGCUGACAUAGAAGCUUUACCUGAGCAGGUACUGCUCAAAAUCCUCUCCUACAUCCCUGCAAGAGAGUUGGUUUUGAUCUGUAGACUAGUUUGCCAACAGUGGAAGAUGCUUGUGGAUGGACUAGACCUACAAGUUCACGAUGAAAGGUCACUGAAGCAAAAGGAAGACAUAACAGAAGAAGAUGCAUUUUACUUUUGUACAUCCGCAAAAGAAAAUUUAAUCAAGAACCCAUGUGGAGAAGAGGAAUUUGCCUUCUGGGAACUCACAAAUAAUGACGGAGAUGGAUGGAAGGUGGAAGAUCUUCCGGGAGACAAUGGAAAGCCCUUUCCGAAUCAAAAGAUCCAGAAAUAUUUUGUUACAUCUUUCGAGUGGUGCCAAAAAUCUCAACUAAUUAAUCUGGUCUUGGAAGGAUUUGAGGCAGAGACACUGGAUAACAUUCAACCUCCUAUCACAGUGCGAGACUGGUAAGCUGGGAAGCAC